UAAACACUUCAGUAGCUCACCAGCUGGCCUAGACGGAGGACCUGUGACACUAUGGCUCCUGAAAUCCACCCUUAACCAACCAAAUACACCCAAAACAACAAGUCUACAGGAAAGGCGAGCAAGAUGGAGUCCCUGGAUCACCUGAAGAAGGAGGUGGAGCGGCUCAAUGUGGAGUUAGACCAGACGAGUAGCGAGAAGAAGCAAGCGGCUCAAUAUGGCCUGGUGUUGUUGGAGGAAAAAGAGAGUUUGCAGUCCAGAUGUGAUGAUUUGGAGGCGCUUUACGAGAACACCAAGUCGGAGUUAGAGACGACGAGGGAGGCGUUGGCAAAGUUCCAGACGACACACCGGGUGACCACAGCGAGCGGCAUUGAGACAGAGGAGAGUCUCUUGUCCGAGUCUGCCGCCCGAGAGACCUCACUCAACUCACAGAUCAUUGAGCUCGAACUGGAGGCCAAGCAGUGCCGGGCGGAGCUGGAGAGGGUACAGAGUGAGAAGUCCCGCUACUACACUGACCUGGCAGAGUUCCUGAAGGAGAAAGACAUAUCAGAUCAUGAGAAGAAGCAGUUGAAAGCCGAACUGAAGGACCUCAAAUUCCGAGAGACAAGGCUGUUCCAGGACUAUGCCGAGCUGGAGGAUGAGAACAUUACACUACAGAAGCAGAUUUCCAACCUCAAAUCCUCCCAGGUGGAAUUUGAGGGCGCGAAGCAUGAGAUCCGCCGCCUUCAGGAGGAGACGGAGGUGCUCAACCAGCAGGUGGAGGAGCUGGCCAACCUGAAGAAGAUAGCGGAGCGGCAGAUGGAGGAGGCCCUGGAGUCGCUGCAGGCUGAGAGGGAGGCCAAGUAUGCGCUGAAGAAGGAGCUCGACGGACGCAUGAAUUCUGAGUCCAUGUAUAAUUUGUCCAAUCUCGCUAUGAGUAUGAAGCUUUCUGGCAGUCCAGAGUUCCGAGAGAGUGAUGAGGACGACACACCAGUCCUUCGCCGUCUGGAGUCCGAGUUGAUGAGUGCCGGUGGAAAUGUAGAGAUGGGAGGCGACCUUUUCUCCGAGAUUCACCUCAACGAACUGCGGAAACUGGAGAAGAAACUGGAGGAGGCUGACCAUGAGAAGAUGCAGCUCACCACCAACCUGAAGGAGAGCCAGGAGGGUCUGGAGAAGGCCCGGGGGGAGCUAGACGCCCAGCACGCCAGAGUCUCUCACCUCCUCGGCCACAUCUCUGCCUUAGUGAAGCUGCAUGACCAGGAGAACCCUAACCAGAUGAAUGCAGAGGACACAGCCAAUCUGGUGAGUUUCCUGGAGAAGCAGAAGUCUCGGUACCAGGUGGCCUCCAGGGAGAUCACCGAGCUGAAGAAGAGUCUGGCGGAGAUACAGAGUUCCGAUGGCGGCACAGCAAGUGACGCGGUGCAGCAGCUGCGUAACGAAGUGGGGACGCUGCGUGCCAGGCUGAUUGACGCAGAGCAGAAGUCCAUAGAUCUUGGCAACGACGUCGGAAUCCUGAGUAAAAUGAUGAACGGCCGCGAAGGGUCUCUGUCCAUCACCAGGAACGACUUAGGGACCAUAAGUGAGGAACUGGCCCAGCUGUACCACCACGUGUGCACGGUGAACGGGGAGACGCCUUCCAGAGUGCUGCUUGACCACAGUAAGCAGGGACGCACCGCAGACAAAGGAGGCGAGGAGAGCAAGCCUUCCUCCCCGACGUCCGUUAUUUCAACUCUGGAAGCAUUGAGGAGCAAACUCAGAACAGAUGUUACUCUCUCUGAUUUUGUGGACAACAGCGACCCGGCAGCCGUGCGUGAGAUUGUGGACACCAUCAUGGACCAGAUCAGGCACCUCAAGAAGUCAGUGGAACACACCAUUGAGCUCAGCAAGGAGAAGGGGCUGGUCAGGGAGUCGGCGGCUUCUGACAGUGGGUUGAGUGAAGGAGAGGUUCAGGAGCUACAGGAACAGGUCAUCAAACUCAAGUCCCUUCUGUCCACCAAGAGGGAGCAGAUUGCCACCCUUCGCACCGUUCUCAAGGCCAACAAACAGACUGCCGAGGUGGCACUCUCCAACCUGAAGUCCAAGUAUGAGACGGAGAAGAGCAUCGUCUCGGAGACCAUGAUGAAGCUGAGGAACGAACUGCGUCUGUUGAAGGAGGACGCUGCAACCUUCUCCAGUCUGCGUGCCAUGUUCGCGGCGCGUUGUGAGGAGUACGUCACUCAGCUGGACGAGGUGCAGAGGCAGCUGGUGGCGGCCGAAGAGGAGAAGAAGACCCUCAACUCACUUCUCCGCAUGGCCAUCCAGCAGAAACUUGCCCUCACCCAGCGUUUGGAGGACAUGGAGUGUGAUAGGGAGAGAUUCAACAUGAGGAAACAUACUGGGAGUCGGGGUCGCGCUCAUGGCUCUCGCUUCAACAACCAGCCUCACGGAUCCUCAGGGCAGCACCACUACCAACGGCGAGACAACUACUAGACAGUCAGUAGGUCUGCUGCGCUCUGAAACCUCCCCCUACCUUACAGUGCCCUUCCUUGCUGUCUGCUGCUAGAUUCUCCCUUCCCUUCCUCUGACACUCCUUAUCUCACGUCUGGAGAAGCAAGAGGCCACAGAUCAAAUUAAUUUAUCCUGUUUAUUUAUUUCAUGCUCUGUGUUUGCUAGUUUGGAAGAGGAAAGAAGCAGGCCGACUAUCACUUCACUUGUUCUCCAUGGUUUUCCUCGUUUCCUGGGUCUGGGAGGGAGGAGUGGCAGGCAGGAAGUAUCAGGGAUGUUUGUGGACUUAAUCCCAUGUCUUUCCUGUGGGUGGUCCAGGUGAGCUUUGUGAUGCUGGCUAAAAGUGGCACAGGUUCAUGCGUUCUCUUAGAAGACUUGGUUGUCUCUUGUUGGUCCAGAUAGAGUAAGUGAUGGGUAGAAUGGUGAGUGUUUUUUACCCAAUGUUCUUAAGUGAUGGUUCUGAGGAAAUGCUUAAGGUUGAGUUAAAGCAGGAAGGAAUGCUCGUUGAUCUUCCUGAGUGCGUGUGCUACUUAAGUUGUGUGUUGAGUAUUGAGGAAGAUUGUUGGUUACCGUUUUGAGAGAGUGAGCGGUGAAGGGUGAGUGAACAAGAAGGAGACGAGUGUAGAUCUUUAGUUUGUGUGUUGAUUUUAAGCUGUGUCUUUUUUUAGUAUUGAGUGAGUGAGUGUGUCCUUGGAGUUCCUUGCUCGUGAACACUUGUGUUGUUUUUUUAGGAUUGGUUUAUAACAGUGUAGAUAGUUUUAACACUUUACUCUUAUUACUUAUCAACAGAUGUAACUAUUCAAUUGCUGCUAUUUAUCACUAAUUUUUACCACCUUGAGUUUUUUUAUUGAUAUUUAAUGUGACAAGAAAUAGUGUGGCCUCGUUUUUAUUGAUGUAUUUCUUUUUAGCUCUUUAAUUAAGUGGCUUUUAAUCUCCAGUUUUUUUGUCUUUACGAUGGUGAAUCUUUUUACUUAAUGGCAUUAGAUUGUGCAUAGAAGGGGCCAAGAAUUCAUUUAGUCUAUUAUUGUUAUUGUUAUUAUUAUUGUUGUUAUGCCUUGUCUCAUUGUUUAUUGUCUUUCCCUCUGGUUGUUUUUAUUGUGUUCAUUCAAUCUGUGUCCUGUUUUAUCAUUGUUUAUUUAUUUAUAUUUUAUCAGUAUCAAUGGCAUUAGAGUUUUCUGCAUCAUUGUGUGUUCUGAAUUUGUCUUGAUACUUAAAUUAUAUCAUUUGUGUAUUUAUUUUUCAGUCUUGGCUAAACUCACAGAUGCUCAAUUUUUUUUAUCUACUUUUUUCAAUCUAUUCAUGUCCAAUCUUGUAGCAUCCAACUUAGCCAUUUGUAUUUUCUUACUUUAUCUAUUUUUUGUAUGGAGCAUAUAUAUAUAUAUAUACUGAAAGAUCCCGUGAGACUCAUUCGUUGCAGCUAUACAGUGUAGCACGUCAGUUUAUGGAUUUAUUUAUACUACUUACGCAUCUCAUUUUUCUCUGGAGGAAUCUCACGUUUUCUUUGUGGAGUUGCUUGUGAGUUGCGUGUGAACUCUCAAGCCUUACGACUACUAUUGCAUAUGAUAGUGGAGAUAUUUAUUUUCUAGGGUCUGCGAUUCCUGUCGUACGUACUUACUUUAAUACAGCAGUCGUUUUAGCAUCUUACUCUUACGUUCCUCAGUUUUGCAUUGAGGAGAGAAGCUGAUAAAGGAGAGAUUGCAAGUGAGUCAUAGAGAAAGAGAGGGGGGGAGGGAUGAGGCUUAGUCAAUUGAUGCUCCCUGAAUCCACCCCAUCAUAGUUUGUCUCCCUGCCAAGAGUCUCAGAGUAGUUGCUCACAUUUUGCCUCAUCCCUUGUAGUGUGAAGACUUGAUGCCGUUCAGUUCAGUGCCGUCAAGUGCCACUCUCUCCUAUUCAGCUAAGAGACUUGUGAUGUUCCCAACCACACUUACGUUUUCUGUUGUCUUAGGUUUGUGGUUUCUAAUUCUGUGUUUGUCGGUAUGGCCAAUAUUUGGUCGAUGGUGUGCUUCUGAUUCUAACCCCUUGUACGUUAAGUUUAUCUCCUGAGAGGCUGAGGAGCAGCUGAAACACCAUAUCAGUGAGUUGUGUGGAGAGAGACAGAGAUUCACUGGCAGGAGUCGUGCUGGUGUGGUGGUCGUUACUUGAUGUGUGGCGAGGAAUUCUAUCGUGCUACUUAGUGCUUUAGUAACUGUAUGGUUUGUGUAGUGAAGCAUUGAGUGUAGCGGCACUGCUGUGAGAGGUGCCAACUACCUGUAGACAUUUAUUGAUAUACAAGCAACAUUGAAAACUGAAAAGAAAGCCUGUAUAAGUUGUUUAAUUGCAGUGAACAUUUAUAUACACUUGCUGCUGCAGUAAAUGCUUGGAAAGUUUUAGUGUACAUACUAGCAAAAGUUUUAUGUACACACACACACGCACAUACACACUCACACUUGAACAUAAACAGAGUAAUACACCAACACCUUCUUAGUCAUUAUCAGUUUCAACGUUUGAGUGUUUAGGUUGUAAACUUCAUCAGUGUUUAGUUGGCUGAGUGUUUCUGGCUGGGCUUUAGAUGCUGUGUUUGCCGCCACUGCCGCUGCUGGCUCACCAGUAUACCAGUAGCUAACAUAACCAGUUGUACUUGAUCUAACAUAACUCAUUCUCUUUCUGCUGGGCUGGAGGUCUGCUGGUGUCCUGGUGGAAAUUAUUACUGGUUUUGGUGACUGGUCUUGAACGGCCGGCUGAGAUGGUUCACGAGCAGCAUUGUUUUGUUUGGCGUGCACCGCUCAGUGACGUGCAGGUGUAGGUGGUUUGGAUCCUUGAGUUUCUCCCCUGACGUGGUUUGCAGUUGUUUUCCUUGGUGUUAUUCAUGUGUUGUGCUUGAGUGUUUGGGUGUCAGUGAAGCGUUUUCAUGGUUCUGUGUUGAGUAUGAAGUAAGUUUGCUACGAUGUUUUGUCUCUAUUGGCCAUAUGUGGAUUUUCAGAUAUUAGUAAUUUUGUAGUUUUUUCUAUACCCACUUGUCAGUACGUGGUCCAGUGUUAGCUUUGUUACUGGCCUAAUGGUCCAGUGUGGAGGGCAAUGUUGUGUUGUGGUGCAGUGAAUCGUUCAGUCCCUUUGCCCUCACCAGUCAGUCUGCUGUGUCUCUGUAAUUGUUUGCCUUGGGGAGACUGUUAAUGGAGUAUUUAGUUGUGCCCCAGCUGUUUCAAUCCCUCACUGGAUGCAUCACACAGCUUGGUAACUGUUUGUUCUCAUGUUAUGUGACUUGAUGGCACUUAUUUUGUUGACUAUAAGAGUCUGCAACAAAAGAACCUCACAGCUGGAUGAUAUAAUUAUGAGGAUAAUGUCACUUCUAUGCCAACAUGCUGCCUCAGUGUUUGCUUCAAGCGAUGACACACGACACUCAAGAUGAUAAAUGUUUGGAAAGUUAUUACAUUUUUUGGUUCGGCAGAGGAGGAUAGUGGUGAUAGGUGUGGAGUGGCAGGUGUUUGGUCUUUGGUAGCAUUGUGCCUUACAUCUUGCUUGUGUGUGUGUGUGUGUAGUUGAAAGUUGUCAGAUGCUGAACUUUGAGAGAGAAAGAGAGACUUCCUGUGUUCAGAGGUCUUGCAUUUAUCCUUUAUUCUUGAGUCAGCAAUGGCAUUUUUAUUUUGUGAAUUGUGAAUUGGUGUUUCUUGAUUCUCAUUCUAAUACAAGAGAUUUUGUGUUGCGUGUCUUAUCAGAAAUUCCUUUAAGAUUUGCUCAUCUGUUUCUCCUUCUUUUUUGGGAUGUGAGCCUGUUCAUUACAUAGGUUUCUUUUUAACAAAACCUUCCUCCUUGAAGAUGUAGAUUUCUCAAAAAUAUAUUCCCAGCUUUUUGUGUAGUUUUGUGUUUGAUAUUUAGUGACAUGUGACAUUGACAAGACAAGGCCAGCAUUGCUACACUGUUUCCCAGACUCUGGCAUAUAGAUUGCCAUGCAGUACCUUUAGGUGUUUCAGUUAACCAUUGUGCUGGAAGAGUUGAGAGUUGAUGAGUCAGUGGUGUGUUUCAGUUUGUGUUUGGGCUGAGCGUUUAAUAUGACGAAGGAUGAUCAUAAUGCGAGAUUGGAAAGAAACAGGCAGCUUGUUUUUUGUUGUGCCCUUCUCGACAAGGUCACAAGUUAAGGGUCACCGCUGAGAGAGUGAAAUUCAGCCAGUCUUUUAUUAGAUAGAGUGAGGAUUGGCUGCAACUAUUACUGGUGUCCAAGAAAAUACUGCAUUGAUAUUAUUGUGUCAGUGUGAUGCAUUUGCCAAACUUGAGGUCUUUAAUUACUGCCCAGGUGAGGGACAUUGCAAGUGACCUGUUUGCAAUUAGUGUGAGACGCAGGUAACUCUGGCAGGUGCAGUGAAUGACACACGACAAGUUAAAAGAUGUGCUUGAACCAAAAACUAUCCUGUGUCUGUAAUUUUAGAAUAGUGUAGCUUAUGGCAGCCUUUGCAAGAGCCAACACAUCUGCUGCUGUUUGUUCUUCCCUUGUGUUACUCUGUCUUGCUCUGUGUUAGCCAAAAAAAAACGUCCUUUUCGGCAACUGGUCUAAGCGCAUCGUGUAAUGCCGGGCCAAACUUAAGGGUCUCGUGAGCGGUGGAGGCUGUACACUACACCACUAGUUGUCCUCAGAAAUUUAUCCCUCCGUAUUGAUGAGAAAGAGAGAGUGAGAGAGAGAGAGAAAGAGAGAGGGAGUUGCUUAAAGAGAUGAUAUACCAAUUAUAAUAUAGGUUUUUAUAUAGAGCUAAUUUAUAUAAGAAUAUAUUAUUAUGUGUGUGUGUGCGUGUGUGUCUGAAGUUGUAUUGGGGUUAUGGAAAUGUCACUUCAAAAAUUUGUAUGCUUGAUAAAAGGAAACUUGUAUGGUAAAGAGAAAAAAAUUAAGCUUUUUCAAGAUUUAGCUAGAAAAAGAUACUUAAUCAGACAUUGAAAACCUGAAUGUAUGUAUGUGUGUGUGUUUGAGAAACUAUUAACUUAAACUGAACUAACCAAGGAAAGAAAAUACAUACAGAAUAAUAAACAUAUAUCACCAGAAACUUUUAUUUGUAUUACCGAAGCAAGGAAAAGAUAUGUGUACAGAAUGACACGCUUAAAUCCAUGAGGAACAUUUUAUUACACGCUAAGAAAUGACGGAAGAAAUACAAAAACAUACAUUUUUAAUCGUGAAUUGGAAAACCCACAAAUCUUGAGCCAGGAAAAGAAAAAAAAACAAUGAAAAUAAAAAAAAAACAAUGAAAACACCAAAUAAAGUAGAAAAUAAUGAAAAAUAAGAAAAUAUACAGAUAAGACAAAAUAUACAAAAAAAAAACAAUGAAAAAUAGCAAAUAAAGUCAAGAAAAUAAUGAAAAAGAAGAAAGUAUACAGAUAACACACUCAAAACCCCUCAUUGUAUUCAUUGUAUUGUCACGAGUAUACAGAAACUUCUUAGUCAAUUAAAAGUCCAUUCCUGUAACCAAAAGUCCACCCAGAAGAUGUGUCCACUUAUCCUGUAGGCAAAAUUGUAACUUAUUGUAAAGACAUGUACCUUUUUGUCAUAUCAGUUGUCCUAUCACCACCAUUCUUUGCCCAGUUAGUCCUAUCAAGAUAUCCUAUGUUUAUUUUCUUUUGUCCUAUCAUUUGUCCUAUCUCCUUCAUUCUACACCUGGCUAGUCAUGUUGAAAUAUCCUAUGCCUACCUAUUUUUUGUCCUAUUAGUUUUCCUAUCCUUCAUUUUCAUCUGGUUAGUCCCAUCCAAAAUAUCCUAUGCCUACUUAUCUUUAUCUUUUCUUUAUCUUCUUCCUAUUUCACUUUCUAUCGCUUGUCUCAUUUUCCUCUCUUUAUCUUUAUCGUAUGCUAACUUUAUAUUUAACUACCUAUUAUAUUCUAUCUUAACUAAUUCCUAUUGUCUCUCAUCAUCCUUAAUCCCUUUUUACCAUCCUUAUCUCUAUCCUAUGCUAAUUUUAACCUCCAAUUCUUAUCUUAUCCUUAUCAGUUAAUCAACCAUACCUAUUUUAUUUCCCAUCAUCCUUUAUCCCAUUUUCCCCUCAUACCUUAACCCUUAACCCUAUCAUUCCCAUCUUCCCCCAUUCCUAACACCUCUACUCCCAUCACCUCUAUUGUUUCCCAUAUCCCAGUAGUGCUAAUGGGUUAUGCAUAUAUCUAAGUAUACAUGCAUUAACGUACACAGAUUCAUAUAUACAUGGUUGUUUAUUGAGUCGAUUCAUGUGUCCACUAUGAUUAUAUUAUUGUGUCUAUUUGUGAUUCUCUUUUCUCCCCCAAAAAUGCACAUCUGGGUUAUUAUUAUUAUUAUUAUUGUUAUUGUGCACCCGCGGAGUUUCUAAAUAGUCACCCUGAUGAAAAGCAAGAUUACUAAUUAAACGAGUCAAGAUGAUGAUGAUGAUGAUGAUACUGGUGGCGCCAUCUCUCUCUCACAGUAUUUUUACUUUUGUAUUCGUAAUGUUCUUCACACUGGGAAAAGUAAUAGAAGUAUAUAUGAUACUACUGUAAAAUUAUUUGUACAUUAGUAAUCCCAAUUUACAAUAAAAAUGAAUAUUUCC